UUGAGUUUCUUUAGGCCUCAGAAGUUUGCGAAUAAAAAUAUUAUUCGGAAAUAGAAAAGUAAACGAAUAAAGUUUCCCGCCUUUUAAAUAAUACAACAGGAAAUGAGUGACAAUGAAUUUGAAUCCCGUCGCAAGAUCCGCAAAAGUCUGGUAUGGCAGUACUUCGAGAAAUUAAGCACCAAUAGAAUGAAAUGUCGCAUUUGCAUGCACGACCAGCGGUACAUGGGCAAUACAGCAAAUGCUUUGAGACAUUUAAAGGUGAAACACGACAUAGAUGCCAGAGCCUGUGGUUUGGAUGACCCGGAAAAUGUUAGGAGGAUGAAGGAAUUAUCCCGUUCCUCUUCACAGUUGGAAGAAACUAUUGCUGCCAUCAGGGGCAACAAUUAUAAUAGCGACGAUGGACCCUUUCAAGCAGUGUCACGAAGACCAAGCAAAACUCAGGAUAUCUUCAAUUAUGAUGGCGAAACCGAAUUCGAUCCAUAUAACAGUGACAAUGAGCAUGUGGUCGAAAUAGGACAGGACAGCAAAAACUUUUUACGAACAAAUGUGCAAAAUUUAGAGUCCUCACCGCUUCCUAAGUUUACCAGCAGCAGCAGCAGUAAAUCUGGGAUGAAGCGAAAAGAAUUAUCUUUGGAAGAAGAGCGAAUAGUAGCUGAAACCGAGUAUUUUCGCGAAAAAGCAGCCUAUUUUCGUAUUCAAAAACAUUUGGCUCUUUUGCAAGCCAAAAAAGUCAAGCAUGAAUUGCAACAACUAUAUGGUAAAUAACAAUGUGUAGCCAUAAUUCCAGAUAAAAUGUUUAAUGUUCUUGACAAUUUUAGAAUCCUUAGAUUAUAAUAAUAUUCAGCUGAUAAAACAAAUACUAUACUAAAUAAAAUAUAAGAAACAACCAAAGACAAAUAAAAUUCGAGCGAAGCCGAUGAUAUACCCUACCUACCUUA